AUGCCGCCUAAUGAGGCGAUGAACGCGCCGUUGGUCGAACUGCUGCAAAAGUGGGAGGCCAAAAGGAUAAACUUAAGUAAUGUAUGUCUCUGCCUUCAUCAUCUGAAAAAAAAUAUACUCCUAAAAUGGGGUGAACGAAGGGAUUUUCUAUUAAGGAGCAUCAAUGAGGAAAUCAUUACCAAAAUUGUGGAUUUACUGGACGUGAACCAAAACGGAAGCGUUGCAGACAACACAAAGGAUAAGUACUUCUUCCUAUCAUUCGUAACGUUCGUCUUUAACACAGAAAAUGAACUCUUAAGGAAGAACUGCCAUAUGGCCAAGGAGGUAGAGGAAAACUACUGCAGGGUCUACAAUCAAGAUUCCGGAGGUGGAAAAAAAAACAAAGGCAAAAAAAAUGAUGAGGAAUCACAAAAGGGGACACAACACAAAUCUAUAGAGGAUGAUAAGAAGCACUUGUUAAACAAACAGUUAGGUAAUGAUCAAGUGGAAAAAGCAAAGAACCAAUUACAUCAUCCCAAUAAUGUGUUCGAACAGUUUGACAUACUUAUAAAAAAGGCAAUCGAUCUGGAGGUAACCUCCACACAAGGCAAGAUGAAUAAAUUACUAAGUUGCAAAAUUUACGUAUUUUACGUUUUCUUAAAAUUUAUAUUUUCCCUUACAAAGGAGUGCCCACAAAUGAGCAAGCACUAUUUGAAGCGUGUGAAAAAUAUCCUACAUGUCCUGAUGAGCAUACAAUUGGGAUCCUUGCAGGAGAGUGAAUAUCUUGUCCACCUUGCAAACGUCACGCUGCUGAUGAUUGUACAUACAAAUUUUCCCGCCGUUAAAGAUUGCGAAAAGGAAUUCUUAAACUUUUUAAUUAUGCAGCUAAACAGGAAGAAGUACUCCCUGCAAACCAUUGAACAAAUCUUAGUUACCUAUUUGAACAAAAAAAAAAACAUCGUGUUAAAUGAUCAAAUUUAUCAACAGUUACAAAGUCAUUCCAAUGAUAAUAUGAAUUUAUUUUUAAAAUAUGGGAAAAAAGAAAACCUCUUCUUUUUUUUCAACCUUUUGUACCUUUUUAAUAGUUUACUCCAUGCCCAAGUUAGCAACUCAAAUCAGAAUAUCUAUUUUGUGAAGCCUGUAGAAUGCGUCAAUAUAAACGUAAGCAUUAAGGAGAUGCUGGAGAAUGUGCAGAAAGUGCUUAACUACUUGGGAACUGUGUCAAGGGAUUAUUUGGCCAACAAAAAAGUGGAUGUAUUUCUCAACCAGGGGGGGGCAUACGUCUAUUGUAAAGAUGAACCAUCAUACGAGGAAUUCACCAUUGAAGAAAUCUUAAAGGGGAAGAAUCCACAAGAAAUAUUCCAGGGGGAAUUUCGCAACGGAGAGAAUAAUAAACAGUUACCUAACAUCUUUACCUACAUAAUUGACAACGUGUUUUCUUUUUUUCGAGGCCUCAUAAAAGAGCAAGACGCAGAAUCAAUAACGAUGAACCUAAACCACAUGGUGGAUUUCUUAAGACUAUUUUUCAUUCACAAUAACGAAUCCGAUUUAUUUUUAAUAAAUUUCGUUGGAACAAAUUUUAGUACUUAUUGUAAAGAACUGUUGGAGAAGUGCCCUUCCGCUUUGGACGAAUUGGUCAGCCUUAUUAUGUGCCUCUUCCGGGUUGUAAAGAUUUUGACUCAAAGUACGGUUCAGAGAGGGGGAGAGGGAAAAUUAAUGAACAUUCUCAGCAGAAUAGGGGAUGUUGAAAGAGGAGGAAGUUAUCCAAAUAGAGAAAGUGACCAGAGCGGGAAGAGAGUUUUUUUUCCCGAGGAAGACAUCAUCCAUAGACUGUAUAACAACGCUGUUUACACGUUAUACGUUUUCCUCAAAAAUGUUGAGAUGUACUCAAAUGAACAGAUUAAAGAAAAAAUCUUUAUCCAAUAUGAACACUUCCUACUUUGCACCCUUGAUAACGAAACGAAUGACAACUUUGAUGUAAUUUUUAGAAACAGCACUUCCCUCUACGUAACUUUAAAGGUUUUUUACAUUCUGGUGAAGCUACACAAAUUUGACUUUGAAAAUGUACAUAACUUUUUUUUUAAGUUAAUCAAAUUGGAAGCGGAACUCCCCACGGCCAAUCAACAAGGGGCCUCCCUUUUUUAUAAAAAUGGCCUACACAGUAAUGCAGCCUUAAUGCAGAAAAUCAAGACAUUCAUUUUAGCCAAUUUGGAUUUAAUUACGCGUGCCACGGGGGAGACCAAAGUGGAAAAGGUGAAGCGUCUGGAGAGUUUGGCAAAAUCGAACGUGUUGGGACGGGCUGAUAUUUUGUCCCUCUUUGAGCGCCCCAUCAAGGGGAGUAGUCCUAGGGAGGAGCUCCAAACAGAUCUCAAAGAAAAUCACCGCGCUUCGCAGAUGAAUGAAGAAGUGAGUACCACCAAGAACGGAGCGAAAAAAAACAAGAGAGCGCUCGAAAAGACGAAAAUGAAGGGGGAAACGAACGAAACAUGGGAAGAUGAACACGACGAAGAUACCUCGUCCAGCUCCAUCAGCAGGGAUGAGCAUUUUGAAGGGCAAAAGAUACAGCGUCCAAAAAAAGACAACGCCUUCUUCAGUCAAACAGGACAAUAUAAUAUUAAAAAAAAAAAAAAAAAAAAAAUUAAGCGUGAAGAAGGGGAGGGCGCCGCUUCCAGUGUGCAGCCUGAGAAGGCGAAGUCGAGUUUGAAAAAGGCGGGGCAUUCGGAAUGGGUCGACGUAGAUGAAGGGGACGACGACACGGUAAACAUCGCCGGCAAUGGUGACAAUGAGGACUCCGUCCAGGAUCCCGCUGCUCAGGGGGAAAGCAAAAAAAACAAAAAAACGCCACAAAAAAGGCUGCAAAGCGGACAGCAGGAUGGGCAGGACGUUGAGCAACAGGAGGAGCCGCUCAAAACGAAUCGCAGCAGCCACGCGGAAGACGGAGCCGCAAAUUUAAAAGAGCUAGCAGAUAACGUAAAAAUGGUGUCGUCAUCCGAUGCCAUGAAUUCCCUGCAGUACAUGAAGCAGUCCAUCCUAAAUGACUUAUAA